AUGUCAGCUACAGCAGCCCGGGUCUGUCUCAAAAGUCAAGUGAUCGAUUUUCCGCGUAGCACUCGGCUAAGCAGAAUUAAACACGUGGCCAAGUCCAUCUGCGGAGACGAGGAACAACCUCCGGGAUACCUCGGCCAUCUGAGCUCCGUUCGCACCGGUUCUCGGGAAGAACUUUUCACGCUUAUUUUGAAAAGCUCGAGUGUUGAUCUGAAGAAAUUGAGGGGCUCUCUCUGGAGUGGCUGCCCUUCACAUCUCAGGCCACUUUGCUGGAAAAUAUCGCUGGGCUACAUUCCACCAACUUUCCAGCGACACCAAGAGACUCUACUUCGCAAGCGCGCAGAGUAUCAUUCGUUUUCAGCAGAAUACUUCGAGAGCAACAGGGUGAUGAAUGCGGACGAGCUGGAUAUUCUCGACCAAAUACAGAUAGAUAUACCUCGUACGGAUAGUUUAAGAAACCUACUGCACAACGAGAGGAUCAAAAUUCUGUCCCCCCUCCGCGUGAUAUAUUUGUUCCUAAGGGCUAUCGAACGUGUUCUGUUCAUUCGGGCGAUUCGCAACCCCGCGACAUCAUAUGUCCAAGGAAUGACUGAUCUUGUGACACCAUUCUUCUCAGGUGCGAAAACAAGCCAAAACAAUUACGAAGUGUUCUCAUCUGAAAUCCAGAGCGGAAAAAGUCUAACGAGAGCAAACGAUGAGACAUUGCUCGAUAAUGUUGAAGCAGACUGUUAUUGGUGUCUCUGCAAGGUUCUAGACACUGUGCAAGAUCAUUUCACUUGCUCACAACCUGGGAUACAAAGAGUUUGUCACAGGGUGAACGAGCUUGUCAGUCGCCUUGACAGAGCGCUUUUCGAGCAUCUUGCGAGAGAGGGUGUUGACAUCUUUCAUUUUGCAUUCCGAUGGGCGACUUGCUUGCUUCUUCGCGAGUUCUCCGGCAUGACAUCUCCCCGCGCGAUGGCGAGUUAUAAUGCUUUCUCAUUUCCCAUCUUCUUCGACACAUAUAUUUCUGAGGGCGAUAAUCUUAGUGACUUUUUGGCAUACCUGUGCACAGCACUUUUGCUUCGCUGGGCUGAACAGUUGAAAGCGAAAAAGUUUCACGAUGUGAUCUCAUUUCUACAACAACCUCCCAGUGUAUCUUGGAAAACUACCGAGCACGUCUCAAGACCUGUUGCGAAGGUCACUGCCUCUGCAAGUGUUGGUAUGGUACGGGUAGUCGGUGACCUCAAGACAAAGCUCAUCAUGGUGUGCGCUCGUCAUAGUCCAUCUGAAAACUUCAUCCACUUUAGUCGUCAAAAAUUGAAAUAUGUACUCAACGUAACUUCGAAGUACUUUGCAACUUACCUGAAUAUGGACCUUAUGUUCGAAGGCCUUUGUCUGUCCGGAAAGAAGUUGUUGACCAGCAACCCCAACAGCACUCAAAUAUUGCCUUCUGACAUCAAAACAAUGCACGCGUUUCCUUGAAACAUAUCCACGCCACCGUCUCUGUAUUUGCAGCGCGGCUUGACGGAAAUACCGCUCGCGGCAGGUCGAUGAGGCCCGUGCUUCGAGCUUACGCGCCCUCUUUCGCCCGCGGUGUCCUCGAAAUCCACUCUGCAUCACACAGCAUGCGCUCACCAACUUUCCGACAUUCCUACGAACGAUGAAUGCACGCCAAUGACUCUGUAUCGCAAUCGCGGCUCGUACUUCAGAGCGUCUGCUAAUUUCGGCUACCCUUGACAGGAUAAAAGGUUGAUCGAAGGCUGCGUAAGCAUCACAUCUCAGUCUGUAUUCAUUCGACAUUGCGUGAACCCGUUCGCACACUACACAGCGGCGCAGGG